UAUUAUUAAGUUUAAUAGAUUCACUCUGUCAUCUGGUUUGUUAUUUACUAUUGAAAAUCAUUGUAGAAAUAGUUUCAAUAGAAUUUUUUUUAAUUUUUAAUUUUAGUGAAUUGCACGAUGGAGGAACUUGAUUAUUCAAAUCAAACGGAAUGUAGUUCCAUUAAUAGCUUUGAUACUAAAAGAGGUAUUUCACUAUUUACCAAACAUCUUUAUAGAAUUAAUAGAGAGCUUGAAUUAGUUAAUGAAUAUUAUACUCCCAAAAAUAGUUUAAUAACUGACAAUAAUAAUAAAACUGAAGAGAUUGUAUCAAAUAUUACAAAUUUUAACGAAUCUCAAGAUCCGUCAAUAUUUAUUUUUGAUGAAUUGUAUAAAAUAACUAUGGAUCAAAUUGAAACUAUUAGAAAAACUCAUGUUCGUAAUAUAUUAAGUAAAAAAGCUGUAUGUUGGGAACGCCAAAGAAAAGAACAGUCUAAUGUAUUAACUGCUAAUGAAGAAUUGAAACGUUUACGUCGUAAACAACUAGUUAUAGAUAGAAAUUAUGCCAGUAAGAUAAUUGUUAAUGAUGACCAACUAAAAACCAAAUUGUUUGAAGUUCAAAAUAGAUUUGAUCAAAAACUUUUAAAAGUUUAUAAUGAACAAUUGGAGAAAAAUAUGAAAGAAUCUGAAAGUAAACAUUUCAGUUUUAAAGUUAAUGAAAAUGAAGAAAAGAAUAAAUUUACUAACAUACAAACUGAUAAUAAAACAGAUAAAGUAGAAAAUAAUGUUUUACAAACAAAAAGUGACAUAAACAGUUUUAGUUUUAAACUUAGUGACAUACCCAAAAAAGUUGAUAAUGACCCUUCAAAAUUUUCAUUCAAAAUUGAUAAAGAAAUUCCUAGUUCAAGUACUAAUCAAUUUUCUUUUAAAUUAGAAAAUAUUUCACCAAAACCUACAUUAAAAAAUGUUCAUUAUGACUUUAAAAAAGAAUAUAGGCACUUCUUAGAAAAUCAUUUAGCCCUUCAAGAUUAUUUAAUAAACUUUGAAAAUGCAUACUCUGCUUUUAUUUCUGAUGAUAGUUUAAAAUCUUUGAGGCAAGAGUUAACUAAGUCAAUUAAUACUCCUGUCAAUACUAUAUCUUCCCUGUCAGCUUGGCAUAUGCAAGAUAAAUUUGAAAAACUGGACUCAUUGUUAAAUUGUAAAACAGUAAAAACAGCUAAUUCAAUGAUUUCUGCCAAUUGUCAUAAAGACGCCUUGAGUUUCUGUAUGGAUACAUUAGCCAAAAAAGUUAUAAACUUUGGAGAACUAGUAACUAGCGUCAAAAAAGAAACAGCAUUUGAAGUGGCUUCUGUAAUAAUAGAACUAUGGAUAAAACAUCCAGAUUUUGGUGUGUUAUUAUAUGCUAGGUUUAAACAAAGAUGUCCCAGCCUUAUCCCUUAUAGUGCUGCAAAAACAGAAGAAGAAACUGAUGAAGAAUAUUACAAAUCAUUAGGAUACAUUUAUAAAGAUGGCAUUAUUGAAAAACAAGAUAAAUAUGUUACUAGAAUGACUGGGAUCAUACGAUUAUUUGCAGCUCUUAUUGUGACAGAAUCCAAAAGUGGGAAAGCCUUAGGGAUUGCUCAAGCUUGGAUGUUAUUAUCGGCAACAGUAAAUAUGGUUCCUCAAUUAGAUAUUACCGCUGUGUUAAUACAAGAAGUACUGGUUUUUACUGGAUACGAGUUAAAGCUAGCUUAUGGGAAACAGUUUAUUAAAAUGUUACGAUAUAUUGAAAGCAAGUAUAUGAAAAAAAUUGAUGAAGUUACUCCUGAGGGCCGUGGAGGCCCUGUUCAGAGGUUGAAAACUUUUCUUUCAAAAACUAUUCAAACAGGUUUUAUUGAUAAACCUAAAGGAAUCAUCCCAUACAAUUUUUGGUGACUAAAAUUUGUAUUAAUUAGCUACUAAUUUUAGUUUUUAUUUCUAAAUAUUGUAAAAACAACAUCUUAUUUAAUUGUGAUUUAAUAUAAGUAAUAUUUUUAAAAAGUUUUAUGUGUA